CUGGAAUGGUUUGGACUUUCGAUGCAACAGAAGAUUUAAUAAAUCUUCGUACGAAGAAUUCAAAAAUGCUCUAAACACUGAGCAUGCAGCUAUCUGGGAUGGGAUAGCAACUGAAAUCAAUAAUCAUCAUUCAGCUCAAGUUACUG